AUGUCGAUGGCGGUGGCCUCCUCCCUCCGCUCCCUGGCGCGCCGCCGACCCCGCCUACGCUUGCCCGCUGCGCCGCUCGUCGUCCCCAGCGGCCGGGCGGCAUUACUCUCCGGCACGGUCGAGGAGGCGGCCCCGCUGGCUGCCGCGGAAGCGGCGGCGGCGGCGCCGCCUGCCCCGGGUCGGAAGGUGCUGGAGAGCUUCCGGGAGGAGUUCGAGAUCGGGGGGCGCUCCAUCGCCUUCGAGACGGGAAAGAUGGCGCGCUUCGCCAACGGCUCCGUGGUGAUCUCGAUGGAAGACACCCACGUCCUCUCAACCGUCGCCGCCGCCAAGUCUUCUGAGCCCGUUCGGGACUUCCUCCCACUAACUGUUGACUAUCAAGAGAAACAAUAUGCUCAAGGUGUUAUCCCCACAACAUAUAUGCGCAGGGAAGGUGCUCCUAAGGAAAGAGAACUCCUGUGUGGGCGUAUAAUUGAUCGACCAAUAAGACCAUUGUUUCCUCCUGGCUUUUACCAUGAAGUUCAGAUCAUGGUAAAUGUUCUUUCAUCAGAUGGAAAGCAAGAUCCAGAUGUAAUGGCUGCAAAUGCCUCUUCAGCUGCACUAAUGCUAUCUGAUAUUCCUUGGAAUGGGCCGAUUGGAGUAAUACGUGUAGGGAGAAUUAAUGGGACUUUCGUCUUAAAUCCUACAGUGGAUGAGCUAGGUUUGAGUGAUCUCAAUCUUGUUUAUGCAUGUUCACUGGAUAAAACUUUAAUGAUAGAUGUACAAGCUCGUGAAAUAACUGAGAGGGAUCUUCAGGCAGGAAUGAAGCUUGCACACUCUGAGGCAAUUAAAUGUAUCGACCCUCAAAUAAGGUUGGCUAAGCGAGCUGGCAAAGAGAAGAAAGAAUACAAGAUAUCACUGAUUUCAGAUACAUCCUAUGAGAAAAUUAGAACAUUCUCAGAAGCACCCAUUGAGGAAGUCUUCACUGAUUCAUCAUAUGGCAAGUUUGAACGGGGGGAAGCUUUAGAAAAGAUCACACAAUCUGUGAAGGCAAAGCUUGAAGAAGAAAAUGAUGAGGACAGCUUGAAGUUUCUUCAUAAGGCAGUUGACACAGUGAGAAAACAGGUUAUACGUAAAAGAAUAAUUGAAGAGGGACUUAGAGUAGAUGGUAGACAACUUGAUGAAGUGAGACCAUUGUAUUGUGAAUCCAACACAUAUCCAGUAUUACAUGGGUCUGCCCUGUUUUCUCGUGGAGACACGCAGGUUCUUUGUACAGUUACCCUUGGUGCUCCUGGCGAUGCUCAGAGGCUGGAUUCAAUUGUUGGCCCUCCAACAAAACGUUUCAUGCUUCACUAUAGCUUUCCCCCAUUUUCAAUAAAUGAAGUAGCCAAACGUGGAGGCCUGAAUCGACGAGAAGUUGGACAUGGCACUCUUGCGGAGAAAGCAUUGCUUGCUGUGCUUCCUCCAGAAAGUGAUUUUCCAUACACCGUUCGGGUAAAUUCAGAAGUCAUGGCAUCGGAUGGUUCAACAUCAAUGGCAUCAGUAUGUGGAGGAAGUAUGGCCUUAAUGGAUGCUGGGAUACCUGUAAGAGAACAUGUUGCUGGUGUUUCAGUGGGUCUUGUAAGUCAAGUGGACCCAGCUACUGGAGAAAUUUCUAAUUAUCGCAUAUUAACGGAUAUUCUGGGCCUUGAGGAUCACUUGGGUGACAUGGACUUCAAAAUUGCAGGAACAAGGAAAGGUAUUACUGCUAUUCAGCUGGAUAUAAAACCUGCUGGAAUACCAUUGGACAUAAUAUGUGAAAGUUUAGAGCCUGCACGUAAGGCUCGAAAUCAAAUCCUUGACCGCAUGGACCAGGAAAUAAGUACUGCACGUGCUAUUAACGAUGGAAGUUCCCCUCGAUUAGCUACACUGAGCUUCAGCAGCGAUUCUCUUAGGAAAUUGCUUUUCCACAGGAAAAAAAUUGAGCAAGAAACAGGUGCACGAGUAUCAGUCAGUGAUGGUACGGUCACUAUUGUUGCUAAAACUCAAGAAAUUAUGGAUAAAGCUAUUGAGAAGGUUGAGUUCCUCGUGGGACGUGAAAUUGAAGUUGGUCGUACAUACAAAGGAAUUGUUUCCUCAAUUAAGGAGUAUGGCGCUUUUGUGGAGUUCAAUGGUGGACAGCAAGGCUUACUUCACAUUUCAGAGUUGUCACAUGAACCGGUAGCGAAAGUCUCAGAUGUUGUAACUGUUGGCCAAUCUCUCUCUCUGAGAUGUAUUGGACAGGAUGUGCGGGGUAACAUUAAACUUUCACUUAAAGCAACCUUACCCCAACCACGUAGCAAGAAGAAUUUGAAAAGUAAGGAUCCUUUGCCAAGUCAAGUUAGCGGUUGGGCUGCUGUAGAGAACGUGAGUAGUGUGGAUGCUGAUGCUGAGCCAUCCAGUACCGAACAUGGAAAUGGCACAACUGAGGAGGCACCUGCGUUUUCGACUCCUUCAGUUAUAAUUCGAAGUGCUGCUGACUGUGAUGCUCAAGAUGAUGCAAAUGGUCCUAAGAAGCGGGCAAAGGCUGCAAAGUCAUCUCCUAGACCAUAUAAACCAGCUAGCGAAUGUCAUGAGGUUAGGAAAGCUACUGCUAAGAAAGCCACAGGUGCUACUACCAAGAAAACUAAGAAAGUAAAGAUUGAGGAAUCUGGAAGUAAUGGACUGCAAACCAGUGGUUCUGAUGUUCCAGAACAGACUGCUGACAACACUUUGGACCUGAAUCAGAGUCCCACGAACUUCCAAUCUGGGGCAAUGAAGUUGGGUGAUGUAGUUACAGCAAAGGUCUACCAGAUUCGAGCCUUUGGACUAGUACUUGAGUUGAGUGAUGGUGCGCGUGGAAUGCAUAAAUUUGAGGCAAAUGGCCAAAAGGAAUUUGAAGUUGGACAGGAACUACUAGUGAAAUGUUCUAGUUUCAACGCUAAGGGGAUUCCUGUAUUCUCAUUGCUGGACUAG